GGAAGAAUAUUACAGUGAGGAUGAGCCUGACACGGACGAGGAGGGGAAUGAUUCUGAGAUUAUUGUUUCAUUUGAUAUGAGCGAUGAGGUCUUCCAGAAGAUAUCAAUGCCGGACGAUUUCCACUCUAGUGAUUCUUACGACAGUGGUCUGCACAUUCUGAAAGGAUCCCUUUCCCUUGUGCAGUGUCCCUUGUUAGCUUUUCAAGAGAAAUUGUUGAAGGUAUGGGUGAGGAAUGAAUCGGAAGUUAAUGGAGUUUGGACUCAAUUAACAACGGUAAGGUUGUUUCCAAUUGCUAGAAAACCAUUGCUGUUUUGGAAGGAUGAUGAUAUUCUUGUGGAGUAUAAUAAUGUGAGGGAUCUGCUGUCAUACAACGUUGGUACAUGACGCAUUGAUAAUAUUCCCCGUUUUUUACGUCGGACAUUGACUGAGCAGGAAAACACCUGCAGUUUUCCAUGAAAAUUGUCAGUUGUUCUUGCAACUAUAUGAAUUUUCACAAUCAAUUUCCAGUUUGUUGUCUCAAGAGAUUCAUUUUUGCAAAAACUCAUGUCUUCAAAUUUUGUCUCUCAUCACUAUCACCUAUUAAUCUCCAUUUUGGAAACAUCAUUUAAUAGUAUUUUUU